CAGUGUGGUGCAAGAAAGAAGUUUGUGUAAAUUUUAAUUUCUUUGCAAAAAAAAAAAAAAACUAUGGCUUUUGAUUGAUAUUUAAAAUAAUUUGAUUGAUAAGAAUUUUGUAAAUUAAAUAUUUGAAAUAUAUAUGAAAUAUUCAGAUCUAAGUAUUGGUUAUAUAAAAUAAAAAUUUAAGAUUCCUUUUUUUUUUCUAAUUUAUUAAAUCAAUAAAAGAGUUUUUUUUUUGUGAAGCUACUAAAACGGGUUGGUGUAUGUGUUUGUGAACUUGAGUGGUUCGAUAAAAGUGAAAAGUUUUUAGCAUUUUUGACAAAAUAAAAGUUUCUGUAUUGCAAUAUUAAUUAUUUAAAAGAAGAUUUUCUAAUAAAUUUUGAAAACCAUUCAAGUACAUUAAGAAAUUUUUAUUUAUUUUGUAGCCGGAGAAGUGCUUGCUCCCGUACAACAGCAGAAUUUUAGAUAUGCCAUCCAGACGCCGAAUUCGUCAUGCAUCUACAAAUAAUACACCUCAGGUAUUAUUGAAUAAUAACAACAGUACCAGCGCGACUAAUUCAAAGAAUAUAUCAUUUCAAUCUGGUGGUGGUUUUAACAAUAAUUAUAAUACUAAUAAUUCUAGUCAAUCAUCUUCAUCAUCCCAUAAUUCAUCUUUUUCCAAUAAUAAUAAUAAUAAUAAAAACAGUAAUAACAGCAAUAGUAGUAAUUAUUAUUUUACUAAAUCUGAUAAUACUAACACAAUUACAAAUAAUGAUGCUAAUUUAUCAUCACAUAUUAAUCACAUAAAUAAUAAUUUAAAUACAAAUAAUAAUUAUAAUAUAAAUAAUAAUAAUAAUAGUAAUAUUAAUAAUGGUAAGAAUAUUAUUUUAAAUAAUAAUUUAAAACAACACAAUAAUUCACUUUCAAAUGGUGGUGGUGGUGGUGGUGGUGAUGGUUUAACAGAAAAACAAAUUCGUAAUGCUUAUUUGUCGACAUUAACUAAAGAGCAAUUAAAAAUUGAAUGUAGAAAACGCGGACAAAAAACAAAUGGAAAUCGCACUGAAUUGUUACAGAGGCUGGGAGUUAAAAUGUCCCAAUUGAAACAUCAGGAGCAAGCUGAUUAUCAAAAUCGUAAAGCUGUUAAUAAUAAUAACAUAAAUAAAAAUUAUAACCAUAAUAAUCAUAAUAUGGGAAAUCAAAAUGUUAAAAAGACAAGUCAAAAAGGUGGCGGUAAUAUAAAUGGCGGUUCACCAAAUGGUACUGGACCAAUGGCUACAAUAGUAAAAAAAUCAUCUGCUAAAAAUAAAGAAAAAGAACGUGAAGAAAGAGAGAAAAUAGUUUUAUGGCGAAGACCAUUUCAAACAGUCAAAUAUAGUACAUUAGAAUGUACAACCCUUAUACAAAUUUAUGGAAAAAAAUUACUUGAACAUAGAUUAGUUUUACUUGGAGUUUUAGUAUUAAUAGCUUUAUUAGGUAUAUUAUAUAAUGUCCCUGGGCGCCAUCAAUUAGUAAUAGAAUCGAUUCGUUCACAAUCAUGGUUUAUAUUAUAUUGGGUUGGAUUGGGUGUUUUAUCAUCCGUUGGUUUAGGUACAGGCCUUCAUACUUUCUUAUUAUAUUUAGGGCCCCAUAUAGCAAGUGUUACAUUAGCAGCAUAUGAAUGCAAUGCAUUAAAUUUUCCAAAACCACCGUAUCCAGAUGAAAUUAUUUGUCCGGAUGUACCUGAUCAAAGUAUUACACCAAAUCUGUGGAAUAUUAUGGCUAAGGUACGUUUUGAAGCAUUCCUUUGGGGAGCUGGAACAGCUCUUGGUGAAUUACCACCAUAUUUUAUGGCUAAAGCAGCACGAUUGUCUGGUAUCGAUCCAGAUGAUGAUGAUGAUUUAAAAAAAUUUGAAGAAUUACAAAAGAAACAAAAAUCGGGUGAUUUAAGCGCAUUAGAUAAAGCAAAAUUAUUUAUGGAAAAAGUUGUAGAAAAAGUUGGAUUUUUAGGAAUAUUGGCUUGUGCAAGUAUACCGAAUCCAUUAUUUGAUUUAGCUGGUAUUACUUGUGGUCACUUUUUGGUACCAUUUUGGACAUUUUUUGGUGCAACCUUAUUAGGAAAAGCCGUUAUAAAAAUGCAUAUACAAAAAAUAUUUGUUAUAAUUGCCUUUAAUGAAUCAUUAAUAGAACGUGCUGUUGAUUUAAUUGCUUUGGUGCCAAUAUUUGGACGUAGAUUGCAAGAACCAUUUAAAGCAUUUUUAGAAAACCAAAAAACCCGUUUACAUCGACAGAAAAGUCAUCCUACAUCAGAAUCCGGUAAUCUAUUGGCGAAAAUAUUCGAAAAAUUUGUGAUAGCUAUGAUAUGUUAUUUUGUUAUUUCUAUAAUAAAUUCAUUAGCUCAGAGCUAUCAUAAAAGAAUUCAUAAGAAAGGUGGUAAAAUAUAUAGGAAAAUUGCAAAAGAUUAAAAUGAUUAGGUUAAAAUAUUUAAUAAAAUGUAAUUUUAAAAGUAUAUACAUAAUUAUGAAAAUAUAAUAGUAAAUAUAUAUAACGUAUAUAAUUUUACUUUAAAAAAAAAAGAAAUAAAACUUUAACCAUUGCAAAAAUUAAAUUAAACUUUUAAAAGAUAUUAUUAAUAAAUUCCUUUAUAAUGUAGUUAAAAAUAAAUAAAUGCUAAAAGAAAUUCUGUAAACAUUUAAUAAAGAUUCCGCAAAAUUAACUCCUUUACUUUUUCCGAUUCAUAAAAGAUGUUUACUUGAUAACCUAUAUUAAAUUAAUUUUUUUUUGUAUGAAAUGUUACUUUUAAUUUAAGUCUAAGAUUUUUCAUUUGCUAAACGCUAUAAAUAAAUUAGUUUGAAUUAAUGCCAAAUGAAUUAAUGCUUUUAAAUUUAAUUGGGUGAUUAGGUUUUUUCUCAAAACUGAAUUUUUAAAGGACUUUUAGUUAAUGGAGUCAAAAUAUCUUACUUUAUGUUGUUUCACAUUAUUAAUUUAAAUAUACAUAAGUGGUUUUGCAAGUGAUAUUAAUUUGAAUGUAGAACUUCAAGGAAAUUUAUCGGCAACUUUUUUCUAAAUAAUACAGAAAUUUUUUUUAAAAAAUAUUGGAAAACAAAAUAAUAGCUUGUAUAAGUUGUCACCUGGGGCUAUCAACUGUAUUACCGACCAUGUUGUAUUAAAUUUCUAGCAAAAUACGCUUCAAUAAAACCAUUUAUUGGAAUUAACUCAUCAUACAUAUUAAAGUAAAUGUAUAAAUACCUAACUUUUAACAUUUUUCAAGAAUUUUUAUACACGUUUCGAAUUUGAGCCUACCUCAAAUUAAGAAAGGGCAACAAAUUGAGAUUGUUAAUUUUUUUUAAAUUAAUAUUCAAAAUUUAAAUGCUAAUUUCCUUCUGUUAUGAACAAUUCAAUAAAAAACUAUAAUUGGUUUUUCAAAAAAAGAUUUAAGAAUAAUAAAUCUUCAGAAUAUUUCCUCUCUAUAUUAUAAUUUUCUCUUUAUUUACAAUUAACUUAAAUGAAAAAUGGUGUUCAAAAUAUAUCGUUACUUUAUCCAAAUUAAAUAUUUUAACAUCUAAAAUAAAGAAUAUAUCCGUAAAUAAAAAAACCCCAAAAUUUUGCUUUGUUUUUGCUUUGUUUUAUAUAAUAUUCAGACUUAUAAAAAUAUAAUAUUUAAUUAAACUAUUUACAUUGCGCGCUCUUAAUAAAUUUUAUUCAACGUUGUUUUAAUUCAAACAUUUAGAUUAGAAUAUUUUUAAUAUACAUCUAUAUACUCAAUAAGGUAUAAUUUUAUAACUAUAAAGAAAUAAAAUAUAAACGCAAAAUAACAAUAUCGGAAUUAAAUAAAAAGAAAAUGAAAGUUUUUAACUCAAUGUACCAAUCUUAUAUACUUAAACGUAUUAAAUAUAAAUUUCACAUCUAUUUAAUUAAUUGAUUUUCUGAUUUUUUUUUUAUAAUACCAAAAAGUUUCGAUUUGACUUAAAUUGCAUCAUUUUUUAUUAAAGCUUUAGUAUUAUUCAGUAUGAGCAAUCUUUAAAAUUUAAAGUGCAAAAAUUUUUUUUGUUUUUUCAAAACGGCUCUAGUGUUGUAUAAUUGAAAAUAAUCACAAUUUUUCAGAUAACAAUUUAUAUAAUCGUAAAUGUAAUUUAACAAUUAUGUGGCUUCUUUUUAAGUAUAUUACCAAAAAUAAAAGCAAAAGACUGAAAACAUUAAAGAAAUAAAGCAAAACUCUUUCUUAAAUUUGAAUUUAUCAAAAAAAUUACCAAUUGUAUACUCUUUUAUGCCAAAUUCUGCUCAUACUAAUUAUAGGUGGCUUUACAAAUUAAAAACCUUUUCUUCUAAUUAUCACAAUUAAUGGGAUUUAAUUGUAUAAAUUAAUAACCACGCUGAAAUUUCGAUAAAUCCAAAAAUAAUAAAAUUUGGUCUUUAUAAAAAUGCGUUAUUGGAUUAUAAAAUACGAUGAAUAAAUGAAUCGAAUAGUAAUUAUAAAGAUGUUAAUUAUAUUUAAAUGAUAAAAAUUUCAAAAAGAUAUUAGAAAAAAUUAAUAUUGAAAAACACAAAAGUAAAAAAAAGUUAAAAAAGCAUUCGUGAAUUUAUUGUGUUUUUUUAAUGUAAGAAAUAUAAAUUUCCUUUGAGCUUCAAUUAUACAAAAAUGUAUCAAUUAAUUCAAAGUUUUUAUUGUUUUAAACACCGUAUUAAAAAGAAAUUCUUUAUUCUUAGAGGUCGCAAUUUAAUGUACAUAUAUAUAUUAUAAAUAAAGAUAUGAGCAUAAUAUACAAGAUAAUAUUGUUUAAUUGAAGCUUAAAAAGUUUUUAUGCUAUACAUUGUUUUACAAUAAGUAUUCAUUAAAUAAAUUUAUAAUUUAACAUAAGUAUCAAAAAAUGAUGUGUAAAAUCGAUUGAUAUUUUGCAAAUGAAAUUUUUUAAAAUCCGUAAAUUUAUACUAAUAUAACAAUAUAGUAUUGUAAAAUAAAAAAUUGUUUUUAAAAUGUAAAUUAGAAUUAAAUGACACGUCUAAAUUGAUACAAAAAAAAAAAUGCAAAGAGACAUAAUAGAAAAAAAAACCAAUAUACAAAUAAAAUUUAAAAAUAAAAUUAAAAUUUAAUUUAAUAAAUUUUUAUGAAAUAAUUAUAUGAUAUUUAAAAAAGGCAUGUAUAUUUCAACAUACAUAUUAUAUAGAAAAUAUUUUACCUUGAAGUUAAACAACUGAUUUAUCGGGACAAAUAACCCGCUAUGAUAUCGCAAGCAAUUCGCAUUAAAUAAUAUAUUCUCAAUUCGCUGGAAAUAAAAAAAUUUUAAACAUAUAAUAACUUUACAAAAUAACGUGUACCAUUCGUCCUAAAAAAUGAAUAAAUAUAAUUUACAGGUUCUAUUAUGUAUGGCGAAUUAUUCAAUAAAUUUGAUGAAUGAGAUAGUUUUGUAUUAUAUAUGGCAUUGUAUAUUCGACGUGAAUUUGUCACAAUUUUUUUAUGAUAUUUUACUUUAAAAUAUUAUCAAUACAUAAUAGUAAAGGUUAGCGAAAUCUGAGGCUCUAGAGAAUUCGACGAUCUUAAGAUGAAUUUGUUAUACAUAAUAGGCCUAUUUGUUUAAAGGUUACAGAAUAUCCAUUUUUCAUUAUUAAAUUUAAAAAUUCUAAUAAUUUUUAGAAUCAUUUAUAACGCAGAACAAAACAUUAGUAAAAUAAAAUAUUAAAAAGUUUUUUGAUUAAGAUGAUAGUAUAUGUAUGUAACUAUGAAAAUAGUAUAUGUAAUAAUAAAAAAAAAAGUAUUUUCGAAUUGUUUGCAAAAAAUUUGUUUUUAAAAUCAAUUUCUUUCGGUAAACCAGUUGGAAAAGUUGACAAAAAAAAAAAGAGAAAAAAAAUUAAUAAAGAGUAAAUAUAUACAAUUGUAAUAGAAAUACAUAUACAUAUAUUAAAUAUUAUUUAGAUUGUGAGUUUGUUUUUGAAUGUUGUAUAAUAAAAUUUGAUUUAGUUGGUUUUUUGGGCACAGUUUGUUUUUAGAAAAAAUUUGAUGAAAUCUAAAGAAAAUAUAAUAAUGAAUUAUUUCUAAUUAUUUAAAUGAUUACAAUAAAGUGUAAAUAUUUUAUUAAUAAAAAUAUUGUCAAAUAAAAAUUCAUAGUUUUUAGGAUUUUUUUUUUUCUUUUUUGAAUUUUUUCGAACUAUAGAAGAUUAUUGUAAAUUUUGUAUUUAAAGAAAACAAAAGUCAGGUCUAAUUGUUUUACUCUUAUAAUAAGUAGGUAUAUUUUAUUUUAGCAAAAUUUUUGUAUGUGUAGUUUAUGUUUAUUCAAAUUUUUAUAUAGAGUAAAUUAUUUUUGUCAUAUACACAACUGCAUACCUUGAUGUAUUAUGUAUGUACUUUUGUUAUUUGCUCGUAUUAUUUAAAUAAACGUAAUAAAUAUAAUAUUAA